UUCACCAACCAGCAGCAGUUAGCUGGUGCGCAUUCUGCCCUCGUUCCUCAGCUGGACCGAUAUAACCGUUUUAUUCCUCAUGUCAGCCAGGGCUGCUGGUGAGCAUGUCUUCGCUCAUUUUAACCCGAAUUUCUCAACCGCACUAGCAGACUGACAUAACUCCCAGAGACUUAGCUGUGUGUUUGGCUAGCAGCGAACCGAGCUGCUAACGGCUGAAGCGAUGUUUGUGAGAUGCAGCUGAAGUGCUGUUCGGCCUGGCAAAGAUGACGUUCCGACCGAGCCUCGGUAAUGCUCCUCUGGCUGCGGUAGGUGGAAGAUGGACACCGAGGACGGGUGGACAACAGAACUGACUGCUGACGAACUUCGAAAAACGAAAGUGCUUUGCAGACACGAUGGGAGAAUCGGUUCUUGUCCUGAUCUAGCCAUGAGUAGGAGUGAGCACACUAAUGCCAGGCAUGUUCCUGUGGCCCUCACUCCCCAGCUCCCUCUCAGAGCCCAUCGGCCCCUGUGCGCGUCGGUCUCCUCCGACAGCAGCGGCCGCUUCAAGGCUUUGGAGACUCAGGAGUGGAAGAACAACCUCAAAGCUCAGAUGGAGCUGGCCCACAGUGCAGGAGCGGCCAGCAGCACAGGUUCCCUGGAGCGAGCCUCCAUGUUCUGCGCGUUGGCAUCGGCCUCUCUGUCCAGUCCUGGCCUGCCCAGCCCCCCCGUGGAGACCCUCAGCAAGAGCAAAUCCUCCAGCCGCUUCUCUCUCUUCUCCCCUCCAUGGAACAGCAGCUCUGAGUCUGACUCCAACCCGCCAUCUCGCUCGGGCUCCAAGAAGCUGCGCAACUACAGCCGGAGAGCAGCCACGGGGCCGGCAGGGGCCCGUGCCCCCGAUGUGCUCGAGCCCAAACGGAGCGGCCCUGAACACUUCCAGUACUCUGAGCCGGUCAUUUCCAAAGUGACGGACUACAUCUACGUGGGCAACCUGAACGCGGCGUACAAUGGCCGCACCCUGUGUCGCAACAACAUCGACAGCAUCAUCGACAUGAGCAGCGCGCCUGGAGAGCCGGCCCCCUCCCUCAGCCUCAUCCCCUGUACCUGCUCCCGCGGGUCCCGGCACAGCUGGUCACGCCUCAAGGUGGACCUGGGGCACAUGCCGGACACGCUGGACGAGUGGCCAGCUCUAAAGCACUGCCGCUUUGAGGACAUCAACGAGUGCAUAAACGCAUCCACGGAGAAGAGGAAGCGCGUGCUGGUCCACUGCCGGGACGGGUUCUCUCUAGCGCCCAUGUGCAUCAUCCAGUACCUGAUGGUGAAGCAGAACAUGAGGCUAAUUGCUGCUUAUGAGCUGCUGAGAGCCAAGUACCCAGUCAACAUUAAGGAGUGUCACCAGAACGUUCUAGUGAGUCUGGAGCGAGCCCUGUGGCCCGGCGGGGAGGUGGACCCUGAGUGCUUCAGACAGGCUCUGUCCCGCAAGCUGGCCUGGACAUGAUGGCCUCCUUCACUCCCCACUGUCUGCCUGGCUGCUCCUUCUGUUGCUUUUUUUCUUGGGUUGGCACAUUUUCCACUGAAACCACCACGGGCAGCUCUACUUUCCUUCUAGAUAUUACUGCACUUCCUUUUAAUUUUUUGGUGAAGAGAAAUCAUUUCCAUGUGUUUCUUUAUCAAAUAUGUAAAUGGAUCUGGUAAUAACAACUUUGUAUGCAAAUGCUGAACAUUUUGCUCUACACCUAGUGUUUCGCCAAUUCGUUCGCAUCUGGCUUGCAUUCGAAGUCUAUGUGGAGGGGCACCAGACCCAUCAAAAUCGCUCUAGCCGUUGUUUUCCAUUGCCGGCUUAUUUUGCCUGACGCAUCAGACGCGCUUCAUGCGUCACACGGUUCAAAUCGUGCUGUGCUAGACGCUUGAAACGUGUCACGACGGGUCACCGACGGUCGUCCACAUAGACUUUGAAUGUAAACCAGACACGCCUGAUGCUCAAAACACGUUUGGUGUGAACGCACCAUUACAGUCAAUAUAAAAUAAUUAAUAAAGAAACUGAAAGUGACAAAAACAAUAUGUUGACUACCUUGGUCAAACAUGUAAAAACAAUCCUUCUUUCAGAUGGGUCAGAAAGUGCAGUUAGGAAUUAUAAAUUCAGGGUUUCCACCAAGGGUACCUUUCCAAUUUGCUAAGUCUGGUGGCAGGAGUGCUAGGGCACUACUGUGUUUUUUAGUUAAAAUUGUUUAAAGUUGACAGAAAAUUUUAAAAUAUCACAAAGUCACAUUGUGUUAUUGGAAUCCAUUAUUAAUACCUAAACAGCAACUACAAAAUCUUAAAAAGGCAAACAUGAAAAAACCCUACCAUAAAUAAACAAACAACAUGUAGCCUGUUGGCGGGUCAGUAAAGCCUGGUGGCCCGCCAGGCUGAUAAUACAUUGAGGAAAACCCUGAAAUAUAACAUAAAAUAAGCAACAGAGCAAGACGAUUCUCAGGGCGAUUCUCAGUAUAGAACUAUACUGAGUAGAUCUGCCCUCAUGGUUCGAGCACAUUGUGACUUCUAGAGUCUUUUUUUAAACAUCGUAAUCGAUACAGACAUUGACAUCGGACCGGUGUAUCUCUAAUUAUGACUUUGCUCUCCACCCUUUCUGUUCAGGACUAGCAUCCACAGCUGCUUGGCUCCACAGUGUUUUAUCUGUAGUCGUACAGUGGAUUUAUGUUUCUGUUUCUGUUCUACAUCAUGCUAAUGUUCUGUUUUUCUACAUCAGGGUAAAAUCUUUCAGUGAGCUAACUCAGGAGACUGUUGAUGUCAAAGCAAUGUGGCAUUUAUGUUGUUCUGUAGCGACAUAGACGCCUCAGAAUAUUGGGAGUAUUCCGUGGUGAAAACCAAGGCCAGGUUCGGACACUGAUCUUGGCUGAAUUGUGCUGAUAAUCUGAAGUGGAGUCAUACGUUCACAGAGCAAAACUAAGGUUAUGCAGAUGCGGAAUUCAUUUCAGACAUUAAGAGGAGAUAUUUCAGAUGUAUUCUUCAUGCCAAUGGUUGACCCUUUAGUUAUUUACUGUCUGGUUCUGACAAUGUGGAUCAGUGGUUCCCAACUGUUUUUGCGUCAGUCUUGUUAAAACCUUUAGCUUGAAGUGGCUAGACUUGAUAACUUUAGUUAGAAACUUAAAGCUGGGAUCACUAUGAAUGAUUCUCAACAGAAAGAAAUAUGACAGUUCCAUAUUUUUUUUGGACUCUUCUUAUUUCCUACAUAAAUUACAUCUUUCAUGCUCUAAUCACAGACAAAUGUAUCUUUUUUUUCAUUUGAAUUAUUCUCCCUAAUAAAAAUUGUAUUAAAGAUUUAGUUCAUUGAAAUAUAUACUUUAAAAAAUCCCCCAUUUUCUUUUUAAAAGCAUGAAACAGGAGAUAACCUAUGCUGGUGAUGGAGUCAGCUAAUAUUACAGAACAUUACAUGCUGCAUGUAAUCAUAAUGUUUCUAAUCCACUUUUUAACAUGUUGGUCUUUGUUUUCACACGAGGAUACAAAAUAUUUACCCCAUUUCAUCCCUUUUACUGAGUUGCUAAAAAGUGUCAAGAAAGUCUUGCCAUUGGUUCCUCUUUGUGCAUCAAUUUUGAUAAAUUAUUUUUUAUUAAAGCCAAAACAAGAGGGCAUUUAGAGAAUAAAAAAGCCUUCUAGCUUCUUCUUUGUAGCUCUUCUAGCUUUCUAUUUUGUUGACUUCCUGCUUACCUCUUCGGGUAAUUCAAGGAACUGAGUGAUGCAAUGCUGUUGUUGUUUAUAGCAACAAAUCUUAAACCUCUUGUGAUUUUUGUGUUUGUGAAAAUCUAAUUGAAACUUUAAACCUUGCAUACAUGUGCGAUCGUACACGACUUCCUACCGGCCGCCAGGUUGGGAACCACUGACUGUAACAACACUUCCUACAAAGUUCACCUGAUUAGUUUGAACAGAAGAAGUAAAAUCAACAAAUGAUGAGCAGCUUUUUAUAACACAGCAUCAGCCUGCAAAGAUUUCAACUGGGAACGGUACUGAAGUAAAAUAGCUGUUUUCACAAUUUUAUCAGUAUGGGAGAAUAACGGUGUGUAGAGAUGACUGGUCAUUCCACAUUUAGAGAUUUUGCACUUUGCAGGAGUAAUUUUAAAAUGUCAUAACAUCAACUAGUGCCAAAAACACCCAAAACAAAAACUAAAAAUGGCGUUUACAGCAUUCCUGAUAGCCAUGUAAUUGUGUUAGACUUUGAUUUGUCCAGGGACAGCUUGCGUUCAGACUGCCUAACUCAGGGGUGCCCAAAGUGGGUCUUCCAGGGCCGGCAUCCUGCAUGUUUUAGUUCUCUCCCUGUUUUAACUCACCUGGAUCAAAUAAUGGCCUAAGAAGAAUAUUGACAUGCUGAAAAGAUUGUUGGUACUACCAGGGAGAAAACUAAAAUGUGCAGGAUGCCGGCCCUCGAGGACCGACUUUGGGCACCGCUGGCCUAACUGAUUCAGGUGUUCAAGGCCACUUUUCGAUAAUAAAUAAUGGAAUCACGGCAAUUUUGAAAAUGCUCUCAAUUUUAGCUAAAAGGUUUUGGUGCUAGGAUUCUGUGUUUUUUCUUUUUUUGGCUCUAUCAAAAUUGGUUUAUUUCACAAAACUGCAACAGAAGCAUGUUCUUUGCAUCACGAGUCAUGAGCAACAACCACUGGUGCAAACCACAAAGACAAUGACAGGAAGUAGUUGGAGGAUGAAGGAAGAGCAUGGUUUUUAAUAACUUAUCAUGUGAAUAAACUUAUUCACAUGUGAUUCUAAUUGUGCUUCUUGUGUAAUGGAAACAACAUAAUUACAAAAUUGUGAUUUUCUGACAUUAACGAAGCAUUGAGAAAGUUUUGCACACAUUUGUAAAUGAAACGCAGCUAGUUUGAAUCUCACAUUAGCUCACAAACUCAAAUCUCACUCCAAGUUACUUCAGGUUCAGUGUGUGAAGAGUCGGACAGAAUUUAUGACCCAGUCAGUCACAUUUCACCAACUGGUCGACCACCGUGAGGCCACAUGAGUGAUGAUCUUGUUUGGAAGUCAGCUGUUCUUUCUGAUAUUUAUGGGUUUGGAUCUCAUUGGACUUUGAGUUGCUUCCAAACCUAGCUUUAAAUAUUCCACAUGUUGCAUCUCAUUGGACAUGUUUUCUUUGCUGGGCCUGUCUUUGUCUCCUGAUGGAAGAUGUGUGGUCUGACCCGUUCUCUGUGUGUCACGGUACCAGUUCAUGUGCUGCCACUUCCUUUCUCCAUGUUCCAUGGCGUUGUUUGGGUUUUGCUCUGUCUGUGCUGAUAGCUAUUUUCUAUUGUUUAAUUUUUACUUUUCAGCUGCAUUUAAAUCUAUACCAAUAUUCCUAACUGCUGUAUUAAUAUGCACUAACCAGGUUAAGGCAAUGAAUCAGCAAUCUAGACUUGCUACUGUUUGGUCACUUCCUUUAAUGGUAAAAAUAAGUUCUGCCCAUUUAAAUGCUCUAGUUUUUUAAAAAUGUUUUUCCUGUAUUUAUUUUUAUUGGGAUGUACCUUUCCACAAAUGUUUUUCAGUUUAUCUUUAACAGAGGGUGAGAUGAUGAUCAUAUAAACUUUGGUUUAUGGUUUUGACCUCUUACGAUUAAAAUAAGAUAGUUUUAGAACCUGUUCAACACAGUGCCACCUGUACUUUAAACCUUACAACUUGAAAGCAGAUGCACUAGCUAAAUCACGGACAGAGUGGUUCUUAUUUCUGUCUGCAAUGUAGGUUUGAAAAUUGUUUUUUUUAAAUCAUAUUUUGGCACCAGUAGAUCUACUAAACUUGACAGUCGAAACACAAAUCAAAAUCUGCAUUUCCACUGCUGUGAAAAUCUAGUCUAGUCUUUGUAAAAUGAAAUUUACUCUCCAAUAUAUGAAGUAAUUGUGUUUAAAAAGAGACCAAUCAACAGGAAUAUCAAACACAAAAUAACAGCAAAUCAACUAAAGAACACAAAGUUCCAUUUCAGACCAGAGCAUCUUCUUUCACAUGUUAGCGUCCCCUACAGGCCUUAUGCCAAACUGCAAACUGGACUCAACAUUUGCAGACAAUGUAUUGAACAAUGUUUUCAAAGUUUAAAAUUCAGAAUCGAUGCUUUGAACUAGGAGUGGACCAUAUGGACUUAGAAAAUUAUCGCAAUAUUUUGUGGGACUAUUGUGAUAACAAAAAUUAAUUUGAAAUAUAUUAAUUUCUUCUUUUUAUGGCCGUGAAUGCAUGGAACAGCCUUCAAAGCAGCACAAACAUGGUUCUUGGAAAACAUUCCCCUUUGAAAUGGGCUGCUUCUUAAUCACACUUAUUUACAUAUGUGUGAUUAAGAUUAAACUGCAUGUAGUUAACUGCAUCAAAUCAAUUUUCUGAUAUUUAUUAGAAAGUAUCAGUUUGUGCCCUCCUGGAACAAACAGUGGGGAAAAUAAUAAAAAUAACUUUUCUGAUAAUUUUUUUUUACAAUAAACAAUACAAUAAAAACCCACCCCUUCUUUAAACUUCAUAACUGCAUCUCUGCCCUCUACUGCAUUUCUUUGUCUUCACAAUAAUGUUUGUGCUCUAAAAUUCUCUUAACAUUGGAGAAUUUGGACAGUCCUGCACCUCCUGCAGCUUUUAUAUCAGCUUAACCUUUUUAAGACACACUUUUUUAAUCACUCAGAUGCCAUUAUUCUCACAUUUCAGCUAUGGAGUUUUUUUAUGUACAGUUUUUAAUAUUUGUUAACCACAUGAAAAGCUAUUUGUAGCAGCAAAAUGCUGCUGGGUCCCAUGAAAAUCAAUACUUGUCAUUAUUUGAUGUUUCAUAGCAAUAAGUGGCUACACAUCAUCUAUUUGGCAUCUUCUAGUUUAGAUCUUUUUUUAAAUCAAAAAUAGUUUACACCACAUGCACAGAAAUCGGGUUUCAGGUGCUUUGGACCCAGAUGAUGUCACUGUUCAUAUAUGAAACUAUCUCUGUUUAACAGAGAGCCUUGGCUGCAGCAGCUGUUCUUUGUUGAAAAAAAGUGCUUUUAUAAUCGCUCCAAAAAUAGUGGAAAGGCUGGUAGCUUAUAUGUUUUUCAUACUUUCAAUAUUUAUUGGUGUUCUGGCUCAAAACAUGGUUUUCUGUCAUUUUAAGGUAGGCAUGUAUAACACUGGGUUACAAAAAAGUAUCUUUUGAAAGUUGUUCAUGUUUUUUCAACAGGAAUUUUUUGCACCACUGAAUCUAAAAAUUCCAUCCAUUUUUCUCAAUCAGGUUUUUAUUCUAAUUUUAUUUAGAGAAAUCUGAUUUUCUGACUAGGCUGAUGACAUUUAAUAUUUCUGAUCCAAAGAAGAUUUUAGGAGAAAAAUUUGUUUUCUAACAGAGCGUAUUAAUUAAGUGUUACAAACUUGGAUUUCUGUAAAUUGUAUAAUAAACACUAAUAAGGGUAAGUACUUGUGAAUUGAACAUUACGUCUUCAUUGUGUAAAAUUCUCCGUCUCUUUCCUGUCCUGAUGGAAUCUCUCCUCCUGCUCAUCAUUCAUUGAUCAGAUUCUCAGGAAACCGAUCCAGAUGAGAGAACAAGUCAUGCAUCAGAAAGUUGACCUGAUUGAGCAAAACCAAUGUGAUUUUUUAAUUCAGCCAGUGUAAUAGACACUGGUGAGCCGCUGUAUCACCAGUGUGAAAUUCUAGCUGAUGUUACUUUUAAGACCCUUAUCUUUAAAAUAUACCAAUAAUUAAAGUAAUUAUUUGCUAAGGCCAUAAGUUAAAUGCAAUUUAGUAAUUGCCAAGGAAAACUUUAAUUUGUUCAGAAUAACAAAACAUCAAUGGAGCUGCAGCAGAGUUCACCCAAGCUUUUUCUUUUUUUUUAAUAUGACUUUUUGUGUCCAGAUUGGACAGAAAACAAUGUAUCUUUUCAUAUUUAGAUAUCUGGAGCUGAUUUAUUUUACUUUUUUUUUAUCAGUGUUUAAAUGUCAGACGUACACCAUAACAGGAAACCGGAUCAUAACGGCUACAUGAAGGUAUGAUAUUUUGUACAUUGAUUUUACUUGAAUCCUAAUACUUUGUAUUUGCUAUAUUUGGUCCCAAUCAGACGGCGUCUCUCUUUAAGCACAUCGUUAUGUGAAGGGUGCGGUUGUAGUGGAAGUAUGGUGCCUUCGUUCAGCAUCGUUUUGUAUGCCCUGUGGUGACAUUUUGCACAAUUUGUAUGAAUUUAACCUCUUGACAUCUUGUACAGAAACAAUGUCUAUUUUUGGAUGUUUUAUUUGGAUGGAAGGUGUGCAUGUGACAUUUGAGUGACGUGGUUUUUGCUGUUCUCUUUGGUGGUUGUGAAAGCCUGGUAAACGAGCAGAUGUUGAAGUGCUCCUGCAAAGCUCUCUAAAAAAACAGUGUUUUGGUGUCUUCUUGUUGUAAAUGCUGCACAUCAGUCCAAUUCUCUCAGGUGAUUUCUUAUUGGUCCACAAUGUUUUUAAUGAAUUUGAUGUUUUAAAAUGUGAAGCAAUGCAUUUCUCAUCAUUCUUUAGUUGAUGUUAAUUUCUGUUGUUAAAACAUUAAAAUGCUGUUGU